AUGGACAUAUUCAGACAGACUUUUGGAAACAAUGACGAAUCAUUUAUUCGAAUCCCAGGAGCUUUCAAUGAGGAACCGCCCGCAAAUGUGAAUGGAGAGGGAGAUAAUGGGAACAACAGUGCGGAUGAACCAAUAAGAAGUCAAAGUACGCGUUCGAGGUCAGUCCUUCGUUUUCUGUUCCAAGCUCCCUUAAUAGUUCUCUACUAUUUAUUAAAUUUUAUUAUCCGAAGUUCACGUCUUCUGAAACCACUGUUAAGAUUUCAUGGGUUCUAUCAAAGAAAGCACAAUCGUUUGUUGGAUCAUGGCUCUCAAUUGAACCGUCUAUUGGAAGGCUUGCAGAAUGAGUCUCAGGUUGUAAUGCCUUCUGAAGGUAACGGAAAUGCUGACGGCGGCAGCAAUAGUGAAAAUACGGGCAACAGUCAAAGUAGCCAAGUUCAGUUCAGUUUCGGUUCCUUAUACAAUCCUGAAAAUGGAAUGUUUUCCAAAGGUAUCAUGCAAAAUAGUUAUACCGAAUUGCUGGACAAUUGCAGCGAACAAGUAAAAUUUGGAGUGAUUUACCUGCAUGACCCGCUUUUGGAUAAUCAUAUGGACUAUKUUAAUAAGAUAUUAUGCUCAGAGACCUUUGUUAAUAUGAUACGGAAAUACCAAGUGCUAUUAUGGUAUGGUGAUGUUACCACCUCCGAAGGGUUGCAAGUUUCUAAUGCAUUGAAAAUUAGACAAUAUCCCCUACUUGGAAUAAUUUCUUUAAAAGCUGAAAGAAAAAUAGAACUAAUUGCGAGAGUUGAAGGCUCUAUCUCAAAUAAUAAACCUCAAGACCUAGAGACUAUCUUUUCUAAAAAUUAUCCUCGUUUGAUCCAAUUGCGUCAGCAAAGGCAGAAUAUUGAAAUGCAAAGACUGAUAAAACAACAACAAGAUUCGAGAUAUCAAGAUUCUUUAAGGCGCGAUCAAGAAAGAGACACAGAACGAUUGGAGGAGAUCCAAAGGCAACAAAGAGCUCAAGAACACGAAAGAUUGGAAAAGGAAUGGCUACUGUGGAGAAAAGGACAACUGAAACCAGAACCUUUGUCUGAAAAAAAUGGUAGCAAAGUUGCUAUUAGAUUAGAAGAUGGCCAAAGACUAGUUAGAAAGUUCGAUGCAUCUUUACCAACGGAGGAAAUAUACGCAUUCGUAGACUUACAUUUACAUGGCUUACUUGAUCCAGAAGAACCAACUCAACUUGUUGAGCGACCUGCUAAUUUCCAGCACCAGUAUGGGUUUAAAUUGAUCACACCAGUACCGAGAAGAGAGCUUGAGAUGUCUACCAUAAUAUCUGAAGUUAGUGGUAUAUAUCCAUCGGGAAAUAUAGUUAUGGAGCGUCUUAAUGAAUAA